AUGGAAUAUUUAUUCGAGUCAAUCCAAGGACUUCCUCCCCAGAUUGUGGUCGAUAAAAUAAACGGAGUUCUCAAGAUUGCUAGGGCAGAGAUUGCUCGCAUGGAUGACUACCCUACGGCUAAGAAAUGUUUGCGAGAGGCUAUCUCGAAGCUUGAAGACGUUUCGCGGGAGUUAUCUAAGUCCCUUCCCGACUCUUCCCUGUCUAAGUCCCUUCCCGACACUGAUCUUACACUGUCCCCCGAUGCCGACAAUCUAGAGCAAGAACUUUUAAAAUUCUGUCAUCUGUCUAUUUGUUGA